CUAGCAUACAGACUGUUUAGUAGGCUACCAGAGCGAUUUUGGCAAUCAACUUGAGUCCGAAUAAAGACAUGAAUACCGCGGAAUAUUCGGGGUAUCUUCCAGAGUUAUGUCCUAUCUGGACUGCCAGUGCCACUUACUCUCCAUCUAAUCCCGGGAGAAUAUACUGGUGGAACUCCAGAUAUGAGUGCAGCCCAAAGGACCGGUUGAAGGAUUUCUAUAGGUGGAGUGCAAUUAAUUGGCGCAGGAAUUCGUAUGAUAAGUUUGACUGUAGGGCUACCUCAGGAGUUACUACCACGGCACAGUCAACCACCCACUCCACUACCACCACGUUGAGUAGUGGGACCUACCAGCUAGUCCAGCACGAAAUCCUCACCUCUAGGGCUAGUAGCUAUGAGGUGUUAGAGUUCCUUGGUCAAGGCACCUUUGGUCAGGUGGCCAAAUGCCUAAAGCGUGACACCAACGAGAUUGUGGCCAUAAAAAUCCUAAAAAAUCAUCCUGACUAUAUCCGGCAAGGACAAAUCGAGGCCAGAAAUCUGAAAAGGCUCUCCAUGGAGGACACUGACAGAUUUAACUGUGUCCGCUGGUAUGAGUCCUUCCAGCACAAAUCCCAUAUCUGUUUGGUUUUUGAGAUGCUGGGGCAGAGCCUUUAUGAUUUCAUGCAGGACAGAAAUUUUAGUCCACUCAGGCUUGCAUGCGUAAGGCCUAUACUACAACAGGUUGCCAAGGCCCUGACCAAGCUCAAAAGCCUGGGCAUAAUCCACACAGACCUCAAGCCGGAGAACAUCAUGCUAGUGGACCCCGUCCACCAGCCCGGCCGCAUUAAAGUCAUUGACUUCGGCUCAGCCACCCAUGUGUCUGAGGCUGUGUGCUGUAGCUACCUGCAGUCGCGGUUCUACCGUUCUCCAGAGAUUAUCCUUGGGCUGCCCUUCUGUGAGGCCAUUGACAUGUGGUCACUAGGAUGUGUGGCAGCUGAACUCUUUCUUGGCUGGCCUCUGUAUCCUGGACAUUCGGAAUAUGACCAGGUUCGGUACAUCUCCGAGACCCAGGGACCUCCACCCGAGUACUUGCUCAGUGCAGGCUCGAAGACGGGCAACUAUUUUAACAGAUGGCCUGACUCCACCUAUCCUCUCUGGAGCCUCAAGACUCUAGCUGAAAUUGAGGCUGAGAUGGGAGUCAAGUCAAAAGAGACCCGCAAGUUUAUAUUCCGAUCCCUGGAUGACAUGGUCAACAUUGCUGGUCUUGAUGCGACUGACCUCCUGGACCGGCAUGAGUUUGUUGACCUCUUGAAGGGAAUGCUGACCCUGGAUGGUGACGAGAGGAUUACCCCCCUUCAGGCACUCAGCCACCCCUUCCUGGCACAUCUGGGUCAGAGCACAUACCAUCCUCCAAGGUCCAAGCGCCUGCCUGUGUUCGCACAGAUGACCCAUCGCCUCUGCACCUUUUCAGAACAAGCCUCUGCCGUCCCAGUGGCCCUGAACAUGGGCACCCAUCACAGCAGCGGUCAGCAGAACGAUGGAGAGCCGAGCUAGUGUGGACCAGAGGGCAGACAUCUUUGGCCAUGUGAGAGUCGAUGACUCCUUGGACUCUAACUCGUUCACCAGCAAUCCUGCAAGAUCCAAGCGGCUGCCGGUGUUUGUAGAGAUCACUUCUCGCAAGUCCUCUGCCAUCUCAGGGGCCCUGAACAUGGGCACCCAUCACAGUAGGAGGUGCAAGAAGAGGAAAACGGAGAGCCGAGCUAGCAGAGUGGACCAGAGGGAAGACAUCUGCAGCCACGUGACUGAUCAUGACUCCCAGGACUCCAGCACCAGCAGUCCUCCAAAGGUCUAAGCGUCUGCCGGUGUUUGUUGAGAUCCCCUCUCGCCUCUCCAGCUCUUUAGAGCAAGCUUCUGCUAUAGCACAACAGUUUGAUCAGGCAACAGCAUCCUCUCUGGAACAUUCUGGAAGUGGUAGCAGCAGCGGCAGCUCACUCUCUCACCAGCUCCCCUUGCCUGUGACUUCGAGUGGUGCUGUCUCUGCAUACUUGUCUUCUUCAGCGUAUCGGGCCUACCUAUCCUCCAUACUGGCAUCUGUCACACAGGCAGAGGACCAGCUCCAUGUCCCCGCCUCCUUCCCCCAGCAUCAGCAGGCGCAGACAUGCAGGUGCUCCACUAUGGUCCACGGCCUCGACCACCAGAACUCCAACCAGCAGCUCCUCUGCCUGUGAUGACAACAGCAGCGCUCGGCUUGAGUCUUGGCAGAGGUCAAAUA